AGCAACCGCUGCUGCCCCACAGGCAGCUGCUGCCACGGGAGGUGGUGAAUGGGUCUGUGGUGGGGCAGGGCGAUGGCGCUGUAACGCAGGGGCGAGGGGGGCGAAUGAUUCGUGACUGCGUGCACUGGUGCCUGCCUGGCGUGCCUGACACCUGGAACCAGCUCAUCACCAGGCAGCGAGCCAUCCAUCUCCAACACAAAGAUGUUGACGUUUUGAUUCACGGGAAUGACCUUGCCGCCUCUGAUGACCUUGCUGCCACUAUGCCUGGCGCCCCACCCUCUGCCUUGGCCGUGCAUGAGUCCACGUGGGGGCAGCCCAGCAUCCCGUGGCUGCGCCUGCUGGACGCCCUCCCCCUCUCCCUCAUGCGCCCAGACGCCCACGUCGUCGCCUUCCCCCUGCUCCUCAACGGCCCCCCUCUGCCUCACCCGUUCAUGUCAGAGCAACCGCUGCUGCCCCACAGGCGGCUGCUGCCACGAGAGGUGGUGAAUGGGUCUGUGGUGGGGCAGGGCGAUGGCGCUGUAACGCGGGGGCGAGGGGGGCGAAUGAUUCGUGACUGCGUGCACUGGUUCCUGCCUGGCGUGCCUGACACCUGGAACCAGCUCAUGUAUGCCGACCUCUUGCAAUCUGGCCUUCUUGCUAUCAUUUGA